CGUUUCUUGAGGCGCGUGUCGGCGGGGCAGCCAGCCUCCUGAGGGAAGCUCCAGAGAUGGGCUGGCAGGCAUUCGGGGGUCAUGGAUGUCUGGCGGCGUUUUACGCGAUCUGCCUAGGUCUUCUCAAGGUGCUCAGGUGUUGGAGUGAGGUACGGCCUGUGGAGAUCACGGAGCCCUGGUUCCGCAUCCGUGUGGCUCGUGCAGCUUCCACCUCGGGAUCCUCUUCACCAUGACCAGACGCCCCCGGAGCAGCAGGGCCUGGCAUUUUGUCCUGAGCGCGGCCCGCCGAGAUGCGGAUGCCCGGGCCAUGGCUCUGGCGGGUACCACUAACUGGAGCUAUGACUCUGACGGGCAGCACAGUGACUCGGAUUCUGACCCCGAGUAUUCAUCCCUGCCGCCGGCCAUCCCCAGCGGUGUGCCUGUGACUGGGGAGUCCUUCUGCGACUGUGAUGGUCAGAGUGAGGCUUCUCUCUGCAGCAGCCUGCACACGGUGCACCGCGGCAAGGACUGCCGCUGUGGGGAGGAAGAUGAGUAUUUUGACUGGGUCUGGGAUGACCUGAACAAGUCUUCUGCCACCUUGCUCAGCUGCGAGAACCGCAAGGUCAGCUUCCACAUGGAGUACAGCUGCGGCACCGCGGCCAUCCGGGGCACCAAGGAGCUGGGGGAGGGCCAGCACUUCUGGGAGAUCAAGAUGACCUCGCCCGUCUAUGGCACUGACAUGAUGGUAGGCAUCGGGACGUCAGACGUGGACCUGGACAAGUACCACCACACGUUCUGCAGCCUUCUGGGCAGGGAUGAGGACAGCUGGGGCCUCUCCUACACAGGGCUCCUCCACCAUAAGGGCAACAAGACGAGCUUCUCCUCAAGGUUUGGCCAGGGCUCUAUCAUCGGCGUGCACCUGGACACUUGGCACGGGACGCUGACCUUCUUCAAGAACAGGAAAUGCAUAGGAGUGGCGGCCACCAAGCUGCAGAACAGGAAGUUCUACCCAAUGGUGUGCUCCACGGCAGCCAAGAGCAGUAUGAAGGUGAUCCGCUCCUGUGCCAGCACGACCUCCCUGCAGUACCUAUGCUGCUAUCGCCUGCGCCAGCUGCGGCCCAACUCUGGGGACACGCUUGAGGGCCUGCCCCUGCCACCUGGCCUAAAGCAGGUGUUGCGCAAUAAGCUGGGCUGGGUCCUGAGCAUGAACUACAGCCACCGCAAGCCCCCAGCGCCCUCGUCCAAGGCUGCAGCCCCAGCCAGUCCCAGCAGCCCCGAGGCCAGGCCCUGCCAGAGGAAGCGCUGCCGACGGACCUGACUUAUUUUCCAGUGACAACUGCCUUCUUGGGCUGGGAUGACUUUUCUCUCUGAACCUCCUGGCCACACUCCAGGGCAAUAGGAGAGGAGGAAAUUGAGGCAUCUGUCUGGGGCUGUCCUCCCACCUCCCACGAGGCCAGGACGACCCUUCCUACAGGGCUUCACGGCCACAGGCUGUUGAGUGUCAAGUCCACUGUACUGCCUACACCAGCUAGGGAUGCAGCAGCAGCCGUUCUCCAAGUCUCUGGAGCUGUAGCCCAAGCCCUUCUGAACUCAGAGCUGGGGCCCAGAAGGCUGCUGCUGUGGAAGAAGGGCCUUGCUGGAGCUCAGCAGAUGCUGUGCCUGCGGGGGCCUGGGUGUCUCCUAACUUGCUUUGCAUGUCGUCAACUGCUCUCUGUCACAGAGACUUAAGUGACCAUAAUAAAUGUAGAGUUUAAACACUG